UUAAAAUUGUUUCUGGUAAAGAUUUUAUUUUUGAAUUAAAUAUUUCGUUUAUUAGAAUGGAAACAAUGGGAGUUUUAUUUGAAAUCGCGUCUGAUGAUUUGCUCAAUAUUUGCCGUACAUGUUUGAACGUAUUGACAACAGACAAAAUAUCGAUUUUCAAUGCAUUUGACAUGGAUGAACAAAACAACCAGGCCAACGUUGAAACUCAGAUGAAAAUACGGAUUUUGGAUGUUAUUUUACUUUGCGCUUCUGAUGUAACGAUUGAUGAAAAUGAUGGAUUACCCAAUUUUAUAUGUGAGAAAUGUUUGAAUGAAUUGCAACAAUUUUAUAAAUUUCGUAAACAAAUUGAGAACGUUGAACGAAUUUUACACAAUUUGAAAACAAAAAUGUGCUUUUCAACUGUGACAUCUGAGAACGAAUAUGUUGAUUUCCAAAAUACGCUUAAUAUUGAUUUAAAUUCAACUGUAACUAGUCAAGAAUACUCAAAAAUUGUUGAACCAUCGAAUACGUGCACAGUGUGUCAAAAAUCUUUCACUGGAAAUAGACGAUUGCAAUUACAUUUAGUAAAAAAGCAUUCUGUUCGAACGGAUCAAAAUGUUGAUAAAAAAUAUAAUUGUGACAACUGCAAUAAAUCCUACACCACUCGUUCGAAUUUGCUCAUACACAUCGAGUGCUCACAUACAGGUAUCAAGAAAUACAAAUGCAGCGAAUGUGGUCGAGCGUUUCACAAAGAAGGUUCACUAAUAAAUCAUAGUUCAAUCCAUACGGGAUUAAAGCAAUUUAAAUGUGUCGAUUGUGAGAAAUCAUUUACGACCGCAAAUAUAUUACAGCAACAUCGCAGAAAACACUUGCAAUCCGAUCGACCACAUAAAUGCUCCAGUUGCCCUGCAGCUUUCUAUACGCAGUAUGACUUGAAAAUCCAUUGUCGGACACAUACACGAGAGAAACCGUUUUUAUGUUGUCAGUGUGGUAAACGAUUUUCGCGAAAAACACAUUUGAAUAUCCAUCUGAGAAUUCAUUCAGGUGAAAAACCCUUCAAUUGCAAUUUUUGCGAUAAAUCGUUUGCAUUGUCCGGUGAUUUAACAGCACACAUUCGAAUUCACACCGGAGAUAGACCAUAUGACUGCAGCGUGUGCCAAAAGAAAUUCAAUCAGUCAAGUGCCAGAAAUAUUCACAUGAGAGUACACACUGGAAAACGGAAUUAUGUUUGCCAAAUUUGUAAUUCGGCCUUCACACAAUCGGCCAGCUUAAAAAGACACAUGAAAAGUCACAUCAAUUCGGAUUUAUAUGAACAUUCGAACGAUGACAAUGUUUUUGUUAAAUAAAUACAUUUUGUAUGUAACGGUAUGAGAAA